AUGGUGGCGGUCAAGAUCAACCUGUCGAAGAACCCGUCGGUCGUCGGCAGGCCAGCAGUCACCUUGCCUUCAACGCUCAUCAUCUCGGCCCUGCCUGUUCAAGUCUUGCGUCGCCUUGCCCGUCCUUCAUACGUGUACCGCGCUUUUCGUUACACUCUUGUAUAUCAUGAGUACCGCGCCAUCCAGUACUGCGGUCGGGCGUGCUCGGCUAUCGAGGCGAAUUUAGUCAAUAACGUACAUCAUAUAAAGCCCUAUCGAGCCUUAGAGUGCGACUCGAGCUCCAAUAGCCUUAGUCCCGGGGUUGUAUCUGCGCGUGGAUACUCUACCGAAAACUACGACUGGCCUUCCUCGCAGACGAUGUCAUGA